CACCGAGGGUGCCUGUAGUGAACUGCAGCUACAGGCUCGUUCGGAACUAACCAGACUCGUCCAAAUACUGGAUUAUAUUUUUCCCCACAUAAGCCAAGUCAGCAUUGAAUUGAUUGUUAAGUAAUUACGUUAAAUACGGAUUUUUACCAGUGUCUAAUACUGUACAUUCUUUGUGAAGAAAUUUGAGGCGAGAAAUCUGCCCGUCGUUUAAUGCUGAAGCGCCAGGAGCUGUCUCGGUGUAUUGGAGUACUGUGUCUUAGACGGUUAACACACGAUCAUCAUUAUUACUAGUAUUAAUCAUCGCUGUUCCUGUUUCCGAUUUUUUUUUUCAUUCUGUUACUCUCGAGCUGGAUUCUGGAUUAUUCACCGAUUCUGUGGAUUUGGUCUUCGACAUAUAGGCCAAUAACGGAUUGAAGAGGAGAUGCAUGUUAAUUUUAAUACUGGGUUUUCUGGGCAUAACAACUAGUCAGAAAACCAAUGUAUUAUUUAAAAAAAAUGUGGUCAAAGUGAUGCAUUCGAAAUGGAGCGUUUAAGAUAAUUUCUGCAUCGUUCAUAGCGUAUUUUAUAGACCUGUCUGGCCGUGGCGACUGUUUUUCCGCUUUGUCACAAAAUGGUCGGCUCACACGUUCUGUGAUAAGAUAUUGCAUUUGAUAUGCGUGAAUGCUGUAGUUAUAUUUUAUGGCUUUUGUAUAUGCAGUCUUGUUCUCUUUCUAAGUAUAUAAGCAUUUCUUUCAGUGCUCAAAUAUAAAUUCAUAUUUUGGAUGACGUAAAAACAGCAAGCAAAAAAGGGAGAUGGAAUGACUGGAUGUUGUCCCUCAGUCUCAGCCAUUUCGAUGAAAUCAGUUUUUGUAAAGCCGUCUUUCCGACAGCGUUUUUUAUAAACAUAUAUAUAUUUAAACAUAUCCACUGGGAUGUCCGUCUGGCCGUUCCAGGCCAUAGCCUAGUCUACUAAUAAGUGAGAAAAGAAGGACAUCAACAGGUUUUCAUCGCUCUAGGGACAUGGAUUUCGUACAAGUGAUGCUGUGUUUUCUGGCGUGUUGGAGAGGUGCCGGGGCCGUUUUCAAUCUGAAAUACACAGUGGAGGAAGAAUUGCGCGCGGGAACGAAAAUCGCCAAUGUCACGGCGGACGCGAAAGUGGCUGGAUUCGUACUUGGGAAUCGACAACCUUUUUUACGAGUAAUCUCCAAUUCUGAACCACGAUGGGUAAACCUAAGCCCGGCAGGAUUACUCCUCACUAAGCAGAAAAUUGACCGCGACGCUGUUUGCCGCCAGACGCCAAAGUGCAUAAUUUCUCUAGAGGUAAUGUCUAGCUCUAUGGAAAUAUGCGUGAUUAAAAUCGAGAUCUUGGACGUGAACGACAACGCGCCCCGAUUCCCCACCAGCCAUAUCGACAUCGAGAUCUCGGAAAACGCCGCUCCCGGCACGCGGUUUCCCCUAGAGGGGGCAAGCGAUCCGGACUCUGGAAGCAAUGGCGUUCAGACUUACACAAUCACUCCCAACGACAUCUUCGGUCUGGAGAUCAAGACCAGGGGAGACGGAUCUAAAAUAGCCGAGCUCAUAGUAGAAAAGACUCUAGACAGGGAGAUGCAGUCGCAUUAUACGUUUGAAAUCACGGCUGAAGAUGGAGGGGAACCACCAAAAACUGGAAAUGUACAGCUUAACAUCAAAGUAAUCGACUCCAAUGAUAAUAAUCCGGUGUUUGAUGAGCCUGUUUACACUGUUAAUGUGAUGGAGAAUUCUCCUAUAAAUACAUUAGUAAUAGACUUGAAUGCCACUGAUCCAGAUGAAGGAACAAAUGGUGAGGUUGUAUACUCAUUUAUUAAUUUUGUGUCUAAUUUGACUAAACAAAUGUUCAAAAUUGAUCCCAAAACUGGUGUCAUCAGUGUUAAUGGAAUUUUAGACCAUGAAGAACUGCGUGUACAUGAAAUAGAUGUUCAAGCCAAAGAUCUGGGUCCAAAUUCCAUUCCAGCUCACUGCAAAGUGAUUGUUAAUGUAAUAGAUGUCAAUGACAAUGCACCAGAAAUUAAGCUUUUGUCUGAAAACAGUGAAAUGGUAGAGGUCAGUGAGAAUGCACCUCUUGGAUAUGUCAUUGCACUGGUCAGAGUUUCAGAUAGUGAUUCAGGUGCAAACGGGAAAGUACAGUGUAGACUGCAGGGCAAUGUGCCUUUCAGACUCAAUGAGUUUGAGAGCUUCUCCACCCUACUUGUUGAUGGCCGGCUAGACAGGGAGCAGAGAAACCUGUACAAUCUUACCAUCUUGGCUGAAGAUAGUGGUUAUCCCCCAUUGAGAAGUUCAAAAUCUUUUGCAGUUAAAGUAACAGAUGAAAAUGACAACCCCCCUUAUUUCACAAAGCCACAUUACCAAGCAAUGGUGUUGGAAAACAAUGUACCAGGUGCAUUCCUACUUGCGGUGUCGGCUAAAGAUCCUGACCUGGGAAUGAAUGGCACGGUUUCUUAUGAAAUCAUCAAGUCAGAAGUUCGGGGAAUGUCAGUGGAGUCAUAUGUUACUGUAAAUUCAAAUGGUGAAAUUUAUGGGGUCAGGGCUUUUAAUCAUGAAGACACACGGACAUUUGAAUUUAAGGUCUCUGCCAAAGAUGGGGGAGAUCCUUCAUUAACAAGUAAUGCUACUGUGCGCAUUGUUGUUCUGGACGUAAAUGACAAUACCCCUGUGAUGACGACCCCACCUCUUAUUAAUGGCACUGCAGAGAUUUCCAUCCCCAAAAAUGCUGGAGCUGGUUAUUUGGUUACUCAAAUCAAGGCUGAUGACUAUGACGAGGGUGAAAAUGGACGACUGACAUAUUCCAUCUCAGAGGGAGACAUGGCAUACUUUGAAAUUGACCAGAUUAAUGGUGAAGUGCGGACCACAAAAGUUUUUGGAGAAAAUGCCAAGCCCUCCUAUCAAAUCACUGUUGUGGCCCAUGAUCAUGGCCAGACGUCUUUAUCUGCUUCUGCAUACAUCAUUGUCUACCUCUCUCCAGACCUUAAUACACAGGAGCAAAUUGGACCAGUAAACCUAUCCCUCAUCUUCAUCAUAGCUCUGGGUUCCAUUGCUGCUAUUUUGUUUGUCACAAUGAUCUUUGUAGCUGUGAAGUGUAAAAGGGAUAACAAGGAAAUCCGCACAUACAACUGCAGUUUUUUUUACUUGCGCAGGGUGGCAGAGUACUCAUAUGGCAACCAAAAGAAGUCGAGCAAGAAAAAGAAACUGAGCAAGAAUGAUAUUCGCCUGGUGCCACGUGAUGUGGAGGAGACAGAUAAAAUGAAUGUAGUGAGCUGCUCUUCCCUCACAUCCUCGCUCAACUACUUUGACUACCAUCAGCAGACACUGCCACUGGGUUGCAGACGCUCUGAGAGCACCUUUCUCAAUGUGGAAAGCCAGAACUCAAGAAAUGCAGCACCAAACCAUGGCUACCACCACACCUUUAUCAGACAAGGUCCACAACAGCCUGAUCUCAUCAUCAACGGCAUGCCACUGCCAGAGACAGAGAAUUAUUCCAUUGACUCCAGCUAUGUAAACAGCAGAGCACACCUCAUCAAAAGUACAUCAACAUUUAAGGACAUGGAGGGUAACAGCCUAAAGGAUAGUGGUCAUGAAGAAAGUGACCAGACGGACAGCGAGCAUGAUGUACAGAGAGGCCACUAUGCUGACACAGCUGUGAAUGAUGCACUCAAUAUGACUGUGACUCCCAGCAGCUGCCAGCUAUCAGAUCCAGAUCCUGUAGAAGGAUUACACUGCCAGGAUGAGUGUCGGAUCCUGGGCCACUCAGACCGCUGCUGGAUGCCACGUGUGCCAGUGCCAGCGCAUAUCAAGUCACCUGAGCACAAUCGUGAUAUCAUUGCCCUGUCUAUUGAGGCUACUGGCAUGGAUGUGUCACAUUAUGAGGACUGUGGAACCACCAAAAGAACUUUUGCCACCUUUGGUAAGGACGGGCCUGAAGAGGAGUCAAAAGGCAAGAGGACAAAUGAGAUGACCACAGGCAUCUGCAGCCCUAAAGCUAACAGUGGCAUUCGUGAGGCUGGAAAUGGGCGUGAAGCCAUCAGCCCCAUCACUUCACCUUCACAUGGUAAGAGCCCACAGUCCAAGCCUCCCACUGGCUACAGCACAUUAAAAUGCUGCGAUGUUGAACGCAUUGCAAACCAUGGACUGCUGCGCCAGCCAGAGGGUAAAGACAGCGAAAUGGCUGUGCAUGAGAUCAACGCACUUCUGAAGGAUGGACGGGAGAAGGAAUCCCCUUGUAGCAAGCGCCUGAAGGACAUUGUGCUUUAACUAGCUCACAGACACUUACACUUAGAUUGCAAGUGCUUUUCUGAGUGUGUGUGUGUUUAGAUGGGACAGAAAGAAGGGGUUAGAGAGAGUCUAUAGGGAAAGAAAAUGCAUACUUUUAGGUACCAAGGAAGGUGCCUUUUAGGUGCUGGACUAAAAUGUGUCUGCCAGGCUAAUGCAGAAGCCAUGCUUUGUAGUAAAAAAGAAUUCUUGUCUUGUUUGUUUUUCUCCUGAUUCACUUUUGCCAAACAGUGGACAUGCAGCUCAAUGAUAGUCCUUAAGGGGGAAAGACCCAUUCCUGGACCAGGAGUGCCAUCUGAGUACAAUCAUUGCCUUUUAGACUCAUAAUAGACUGCUUUUGGAUAAUGAGCUUUUUGAGUGAGCAGUUUGCUUCAGCUGUCAAAUGGUCCCAUUGUAACCAGAGAGAAUAAUCCACUGUUUUGAAGGACUUUCACAUGUUCUACAGUUUCCAGCUCAACUUUCCCAACACUGGUACCCAUGAAUGUGGGAAUGCUCUGCAAAUCCUCAUUUCCUUAUUUCUUUCCUCAUCAAAAAGGACAAAGCUCUUCUGGUUUCCUUAAGACAUUGUUUAAUAUAAUAGGUAAAUAAAACUGUUAUAUGUGUUUAUUAUGACAAAUUACGCUAACUUGCUCACAAACCUCUGGUGUGGUGCAUUGUGCUGUGGUGUUGUUUUUUCCCUUGCUUUUUUGUUUUACUUUAUUUAUUUAUUAUUAUUGUUACUAUUUGUUUUACUUAUCUAUGGGACUAGGAUAGAGAGGGUCAUCACUCAUGUCUUGCUAUGUGAAACUCUGUAUAGGGGUUACUAUGACCAUUUUUAAUAACCUGUUGUUAUGUGACAAUCCCUUUAAUGUUUUGUUCCAAGAGUAAAAACAAAAAAAAAACAA